AUGCCCUACACCUCAAUCACAAUCAUCGUCUCGCCCUACCACGUCGGCAUCCCCAACCACCGCGUCGGCACCGGCCCCCACCGCAUCCUCUACCACGGCCUAGCCGACAAACUCGGAAACCUCGUCCCAAUCCGCUUCGUCAACAUCGGCCCCGUAGAUGACUUUGAAGGCGAAAUCGGCCGCACAUUUGAACUCCUUCGCCGCAUCUCCUCCGCCGUCUCCCAGGCCGUCGCCGCACACUCCUUCCCGCUUGUCCUCUCGGGGAACUGCUACGCCAGCACUGCCGUGGCAGCAGGUCUCAACGCUUCCGUCCCGGACUUGAACGUCCUGUGGAUAGACGCGCACGAUGACCUGGAUACACCGUCCACAAACGAGAACGGGUACCUUGAUGCGAUGGCGCUGUCUAUGGCGGCUGGGAUGAGCUGGCAUAAGUUGAUGGGAUCCGUGCCGGGGCAUAAGCCGUUGAGUUUGGAUCGGGUGGCGUAUUGCGGGUUGAGGGACGUGUCCGAGCUACAGAGGAAAACAGUGGCGGAAACUGGGGUGGAUGUUAUCUGGGGUGAUGCGGAGACCAAGGUCGAUUUUGCAAAGGAGCUGGGGAUGUUGUUGGAUCGGAGGAGGUUUGAGAAGACUCAUGUCCAUCUCGAUCUCGACGUUUUGGAUGAGUCGUUGGGGAGGGUGAAUGAGUUCCCUUCUCCUGGAGGAUUGCAUGAGAAAGAUUUGAUGGGGUGCUUGGAGACGAUUCCGAGGAAGACGAGCCCGACGUCUUUAGUUGUGUGUUCUUUUAAUGCAGAGUUGGAGGGGGGCGAUACAGUGGCUAGGCUUGCAGUGAAGGGCAUUGUGCAAUUUGUUGAGAGGCUCAUCGAGACCGAGGUCCUAAGAGCAGCUCCAUGA